GGCGACGGUGUCAACGACAAUCCAAGUCUGUCACAUGCAGACGUUGGCAUUGUGAUGGGAAGUGGGUCGGAUGUCACGAAGAAUGAUGUCUUUUUAUUUAUCCCUUGUGCCCAUUUCUCACGGCGCACAGACAUCGUCCUGUCAGACAACUUCGCCUCCAUCAUCGCCGCCAUUCGCGAGGGCCACCGUUCAUACGACAACAUCAAGGUGUUCACCCUGCGCCCCCUUGCGAGUAACGUUGCCCAGGCGAUCGUGCUACUGGUCGGCCUCGUGUUCAAGGACCAGAAGGUCCUCUCCAUCUUCCCUCUCAGCUCCGUCGAGGUGCAGUGGGUAGUCAUCAUCAGCGCAGGACCACCCGCGAUGGGGCUCGGCAUGCAGGCCACAACCGAGAAUGGCAUCAUGCGCCACCUGCCCCACAACGCCCGCUGUGGCAUCCGGUCCGUCCUCCUCGCACGCCCAGCGUCUCACAACCCGCUCACUUUCCCUCCUGCAGAGGUCCUCAUCGACAUGGUCACGUACGAGAUCAUCCUCAGCGCGCUCUCGCUCCCGUCCUUCGUCGCCGUCAUCUACGGCUUCAGCUUCCACGAUCUCGGUGCGGGCGACUGCAAUGAAUCACGUGCGGGGUGCGAGGUCGUGUUCCGUGCGCGC